AAAACAAAAAAAUCCUUGCGGAAAAAUUAAAAAAACAUUUGAACUCGCCGGAAUAUGUGGCGAUGCCUGAUUUAAUUAAAAGUGGUGAUUCUUCACCUAGUUUAACUUGUCACGGAGGAGAACUUAUUAUUGAAGAAAGAAAGUUUAUCGAUUUUAAAAAAGAACCUAGUCUGAUUUACUAUAACGAUUUGGAACCCGCUGAUUGGCAAGAAAUAAUUAAUUUAAUUAAAAAAAGAAAUGAGGAAAGAAGAGCAAACUUUCAAGCCAAACAAAAGAAAAUUGAGGACAAAGUGAAUAGCCAACCAGGAUUAUUUUACUAUCACGGAGAAGUGAACAAAGAUGACCGAAGCAAUUCUACAUUUGAUUAUGGAGACAAAAAAGGAAGAUAUUUUGGUCUGUGGGGAAGCGAAAAUGGUCGCAGUUUUUAUUUAGAAAUUAAUAGUAAGCAUCCAGUUUUAGAUACUUUUCCUUUUGGAAAGCAUGGGUAUUAUUUGAUUGAAACUGACAAGCCCAUAGAAAGAAAUGAUGGCGUGGUUCAAGUUGGCGAUAAAGUUACCAUUACUCCUUAUGAAGUUGAGAAUGAUAGUGAAUUAUCUGAAACUGAAAAAGCAAAAUCGGAGGCAGAAAAAAUAAAAGACUGUGAUAUUUGUCGAAAGAAUGAAAAUGAAAUGGCUAAGGAUUUAACGCAUGAUGGCAUUCCCUUUUUUGUUGAAACUAUAAAAGGAGGUAAAACUGAUUGCUACGCCGGCCAUAAAGACCAAAAUGGCAAAAUAUUACAACAACAAAAUUGUUCCCAUUGUCAACCUUGGAAACAGCACCAAAAUCUAAAGCAAGAAUUAGUUACAGCCCGCAACCUUUUUCAAAAGAAUAACCAAACAAAAAUAACUAAGGAGGAUUUAGAAAAAAUGAUUAAUCCUAAUUCCACCUCAACUAAAAAUCCGAAAGGGACUAGCAAAGUAAAAACCCGUGGCGAAGUAAAAGGUAGCACCCGAAAAAUUUAUCGACAAAAAGGGACGGGUGGAGCACGCCACGGUCAUCGAUAUGCUCCCCAAUUUGUUGGCGGGGGGGUAUGUUUUGGUCCUUCUGGGGUGAAAAAUUAUAAAUUCAAAAUCAAUGAAAAAGAACUAAAAAAAGCUCUCCAAUCACUUUUAGGAGAAAAAAUGAGAAAUAAAGAAUUAAUGUUAGUUGAUAAAUUAGAACUAGAUAAUUAUAAAACCAAAGAAGCCGAGAAAUUUCUUAACAUUUUACCAGCCAAGCAAACCAAAACUUUACUCAUUUUAGCCCACCAGGAAGAAAAUAAAGAAAAAAUAAUCCGUUCAUUUCGCAAUUUACCUUAUAUAAGUAUUAGUGAUAGUAAAUCAGUAAACGCUUAUCAAGUAAUGUCCCCCAAUUACCUCAUUUUCACUCACUCAGCUUUUUCAGAAAUAGAAAAAAGGUUGAACAAUUCUGCCUUAGUGGAGCCAAAAAUAGUUAAUUUGGCUAUUCAUUUAGAGAAAUUGACCGCCCAAUUAAGUGAUGGUCGGGAGUUAAAUGAAGUAGUCGGAAUUGAAAGUUUUACUAAAGGCUUUGAUGCUGAUU